CAAUGUUUUGACACGUACAAAACAAUGUUCUUGAAAAUAAUCUGCGGAUAAAUUGUGAUGUGAUUAAAAAUGCAGUGCGUACAAUGUGUACAAGUAUGCUAUCAUCAGGGUUUAAAAUAACAGACUAACGUCACUACGUGUCUUUUCACUGAAAUUCUGUUGUUCAGAUUGUCGCCGUAAAAUAUUAAAAUGUAAACAAACAAAAUGGCAGCUGGUCGAUUGAAUACCCAGGAUAAGAAAGACCUGGAGAAAUUCACAAAAUUCUUCAUUUUUAAAAGUCUUCAAAUUAUUGUACAGUCCAGAUUAGGGGAGAAAAUAAAGACAAAGUCGAAACCAUUUUCAUCUGGAGCUGAUUGGUUCAAUUUGGCCAUACGGGAUAUACCUGAAGUGCACGCUGAAGCCAAGAAAGUGUUAUCCGGGCAGCAGCAUGUGCUCAGUCAAAACGUUUGUGUGGAGAUUUCUCUGCAGACAUCCGAGGGAGACACCAUGAUGCUGGAGACCUGGUACAUCAGUCUCAACCAGGAUCAGACUGACCCCAACGUCCGCGUGUCAUUUGCCGUGUACAAUCGAAUGGGCGUCGCCCUCAAGUCCCUGUUCAGUGUGUCACGUGUACCUCCGGCAUACAGACUGGCAAGGCAACAAGGUUUGAACGGCGGUGACUAUGUCAUAUGCUACAGAAUCUACUUGGGUGAUCCACAGUUCUUUCAGCUUGGUGAUGGUUACCAGAUUACGAAAAUUGGAGCUAUUCCGACGCCCACUGGUACAAUAGUGCUCAAUUUAGCAUACAGAACAAAACUGUUGAUAUCUUCAAACAAAUCUAGCAAGGAUGUUAUGUUUAAUGUUAAAGAUGAUCACUUCAAGAGAGAUGUUAGUCCGAAACGGCCAACCACCCCUAAACCUUGCAUCCAAGGCUUUAGAAGGAACAGUUCAACAGAUGAGUUUGGUGUGACUGGCUAUGAUAGGCAGGACCUGUGUUCCACUACAUUCUCAACGAGUCCAUCAGAAGGCAUUCUCUUUGAAAACAGCAAUCUUCCCUCUGCUCAACCCAUGGUUAUCAGUGGAAAAUCCGCUGAAAAUACAGAUGACCGAAAAGGUCAAAGUAACCCUGAAAGAGGGGGACAUUUUGGAAACCUUCAGAGAGUCGGAGCAUUUGCCAGUCACAAGAGCAUUAAAGAUCUGAAGACUGACAUUGAGGAUGUGCCAUUCAUCAGUCUUCUCAACAACAGAGUGUCGAGUGUUCCAGAGUGUGCCACAAGCUCCAAUGUGUCCGUCACACCCACGGGCAGUACCGGGAACAUGCAGACCUCCAACUCGGCAGGCAGUGAUACAAACAAGAGUAACUGCAGUGAGACAGCUCUCGAUGAUUUUGUUAUGGUCGAGCUGAAAACUCCAUUUGCUGGAGUGGAUGCAAACACCGACCUGGGCCAAUUUUACCGGGACUGUCAAGGAGCUCCACAACUCAGUAUGUGUGAAGACGAACCGGAAUUCAAUGAGGCUCUGGAGGAGGUGACCUCACAGUUGGCAAAGUUUGAAUCGAACAUGAAAGAUUUUGAUGAUUUUGUGCUUUCUUUACGUGACACUGACUCCAGUGACUAAAUAUUUAUUUCACAUUAAAAGAGUUUCUUGACCAAAGGUUAAACAUUUUGAUUUUGUUAAUCAAAAAGCAGAAUUAUAUGUAGUUUCUAAAAAUGGCAUUGAUUGCUCAGUGUUGUGUGGGCCCUGUGUUUAUUCAGCUAAACAGUCUUGAUAAAGUGUUAUGAUGAAUAGCAGGUACAGGUAGUUCAUGUGUGGACCUUUGCUUGUUAUGGUUUUAAAGUCUAUAUACAAGGCUUUCAAUUUUAAUAAAAUUUUGCCCGUACAAGUAACUUGUAGUUAAAAGUGUGGAUUUUAAUGUUUUAUAAGCACAGGACCGGAUGUAUAAUUUUCUGCAAUUGUAUGCAUCACAUACAAAAGGCUUGAUAUACAUGUACAUUCAUUAUUUUUUUCUCAAGGAAGUGGAAUAUGAGAUGAAUGUUAACUGAAAGGUGUGAUAGAGGCAAAUUAAGAAAAGGUUGCAUGGAAUUUGUGUUUUUCCAUUUAUUCUUAAAACUGUUGAAAAGUCAUCUAAUGGUUGUUGUUUUUUUGUACCAAGGUCCCAUUUUGAUUCAGUUAUCACUACAAAGUCUUGAGUUCUCAUUUACUAUGUACAGAUUUAUCGUCCUCAACAUGUUGUAAGUUUACUAAAGCUGAAUUCGAUAACAGAUUGGUGCAGAUAUCUUGAACCUGAUAUGGUGUGUGCUUUUUUAUUGUUUUGUGCAGUGUUUGUUGUCCUUAGCCUGUGAAUAUUACUUAUUCAAAUAAACAUGCUGAUUCUUCUUUUCUUUUUUAAUAGAAAGGGGAGAAAUAACAUUGAAAAUAGCACAUUCCUGUGUACACAAUAUUUUAAAAUUGAUGAUUAGUGAUUUUGUUGCAAUGUACUUACAUUUCAACACUAACAAGUAUUAUUUUAAUAAGUCGGCUUGUGAUAUUUAUACAUGUACAUCAUUGUCGAGUGAAAACCGAGAAUUGCUAGUAUAUAUUAUAAUUUUUAUUUCAUUAUUGGGGUUUGGUGAGGGCUGAAAGGGGCAUUCCUAGUUCAUAAACCCCGAUACAGCCCAUACAUGUACAUUGUAUUUCCCAUUUCCACGAAUGUAAACAUAAUGUUAAAAGCCUACAUUACAAAAAUACCCAUUUGUUUUACUGCUUGAUUAAUCCCAGAACUAAUAACUGACAAUAAUAAAAAUACCCAAAACAAAAUUAAAACUAAAUAAUAAAACCAUAUAUUACAAAAAACAACUCAAUAACCCAAGAAAGGAUCCUAAAUAUUUUGUUACUGAAGCACUUGAUAACAUUUUCCUCAAAGUAAUGUUCUUUUAGUGUUCAUGCAAAAUGUCAAUUCCAGUGAAAUCAUAUUUUUUAAAUGUAUGUCAUGUAUAAGUAUAUUAUAUAUCCGAGCAAUAUAUGGAAUUACAUGUACAUGUACAUGUAUGCAUCACAGUAUACACAUGUAGUUGCUUCAUUCAACUCCCCCAUGUACAGAAAUAUAGCAGCUGUUGUGAUUAAUGUAAGGAAUCUCCAACUAUAUCAGUCCUACAAUUAUGUUUUAAAUAAGAGUAUAGUGAUAGAAAGUUAUAAGGGAUCACAGAAAGACGAAAGCAGAGAAUGACUGCAACCAAUAAUCUCAUCCAUGGUGCCAGGACGUUAACCACAUUAUUCACACUUGGUACCACAUUUUGUAUUAUAUACAGACAUUACUAUGCUACAUGUAGUAGUGACUGAAAUUUGGUAUACAAUACCUUGUGUUCCCUUAUUUGAUUCAGGAUAAGUCUGCAUGUACAAAAUAACAGAGUUUAUUCAUUGCAAGCUUCACAUGUUUAACCACAACUUCCACGAUUGACCAAAAUAGCAUGAUCCUCAUGUACACAUGAAUAAGUUAGCUGUUAUUGUUAAGUUCAGUGUAUAUCUGUUAUUUAUUUAAUGAAUGGUAACAAUGCAUGCUAGUAUUUGCACUACCAUUACAGAUAUUUUGUCCUACAAAAGUUUAAGUAAACAAUAUUUUGUUAUAUCUCAUCUUUAUUUACGGUUUAAUAAUGUUUAUACAAAAUGUACACUUCAGUUUGGAAUGAUGUGAAAAAUGGAUCCAUCUUUAAUGGAUAAAUUUCAUUGAUACUUAAUAAGUCCUAAACUGAUGAUCAGUAACAAAUACCUUUACCUUCCGAUUCCGAUAAUUUGUUUUACAGCUUAAAUUGAGAUAAUUACUGUUGCUUGGUUUGCAACAAUAUUUUUGUGACGAAACAGACAUUCUUAGAGAGUAAAUAUUGUUGCAAUGAGAGGACUUUUGUUUGUAUGCACUUGGAUAAAAAAGUUGGUAGCAUAGAUAUUUGUGUUACAUGGGAUUGUAAUUUGUUUUGGUUUGUGACAUCAUGCAUUGUGGUAAAUUCCAUUCAUUGUUGUGAUUUGUGUAUACGAGUAGUAUGUACUCUGAAUAUAGAAUCAUGUUGUUCAAUAAGCUAUUUUGUGCUAGUUAUCCAGUCAUGAACACAUGAAAAGACUUGUGAUAUACACAUACAAAUUGCUGAAUAAAAAUUAAAUAAUUUCA